UUGGACUUAUUGAAGUGACAUCUGCUACUGCUCAAUCAUUAUUUAAUGCAGUAGUACAAUUAUUAAAUUAUAAUAAAAUACCAUUACAAAAUAUGAUUGGCUUUGCUGGAGAUAAUGCAUCAGUCAUGAUGGGGAAGAAAGCUGGUGUCCAGGCUAAAUUUAGGGAAUUAAAUGAAGAUAUUUUUGUAUUGGGAUGUAUAUGCCACUCUGCAUUUGGGUUCUUCUGCUGCAUGUACUAAAUUACCUAAAUCAGUUGAAGAAUUUGUCAGAAAUUUGUAUAAUCAUUUUUCCAACAGUUCCAGAAGAAUAGAUGAGUUUGAGGAAUACCAAAAGUUCUUGCAGUUUAAACCUCACAAAUUGCUACGACCAGCUCAGACUAGAUGGCCGUCUUUACAAAUACACACUCUUUACACCAAGUUCACUAGCAUCUACAGAAGCAUUUUAAAAAUUUUUGUCAAACGCACUAUCUUAGGAUUAUUUGCCCAACCAAUCCUGAAAUUUAUUUAGAUACCAAAGAAAUCUAUAUGGGGGCAAGAGUUGCUUUAUUUUAAAGUGAAAACAAUAUUAACUGUAAAGAAGUUGAAAAAUUUAGAGUAAAUGUUCUAUCAUUUUAUGUAGAGUUAAGUAGCCAAAUUCGAAAAAGAUUUAACUUUAAUGAUGGCUUAUUAAUUUUUUUAUCAAACUUUCAACCAAAAAAUGCGUUAAGUGGCGAUGUAGCCACUAUUGUUGUCGAAGCCAAAAGGUUUAUUCCAAAAGCUGUUUUUGACUGUGAAAAAUUAGAUAAUGAAUGGAGGCUGCUGCCAGAGAUAGCUGAUUUAAAAAAAAAAGAAAAUCUUCCACACAACGAAUUUUGGAUUGAAGUAUUCAAAUCAAAAAAUGGAUUGGACUGUGAAAUGUGCCCAAAUUUAAAAAGACUGGUUAGGGCCGUAUUGUGUCUUCCACAUUCUUCUGCCUGUGCAGAAAGAAUAUUUUCCAAACUAAAUUUGAUUAAAACUGAUUUAAGAAAUCGUCUUAAUGUAGCAACAUGUAAUGCGAUUAUGUUGUCAUGUGAGUUAUUAA